GUAAUUUCAGUCGUAGCUUAAUAUUCGAGUCGAGCGUGCGCACCUUACGCAGUUUAAACAGUUUUCUCGCUUCAGGCAGCAACCUGUUGCGUUUUUUGUUUGUUUUGUUUUGUUUUUUUAAUAGUUGUAGCAGUUGUGGAAAGUGCAUUUAACGAUAAAACCGAGUUGAAACAUUAACUCACCUGCUGCAGCAGCCGCACAGAGCGUGUGAGCUGUGCGAGUGUCAAACAAAUUAGAAAUCUUUUGUUUAUUCAAAAAAUACGGCAAAACAAAAAAAUUUAAGAGAAGAAAAACAAACAAAACGAGCAAAAGAAAUAAAGCAGCUAGCCGCUUGCCAAUCAGAACAGCUAAUUGUGUGUGAGAAAGAGAGACCGAGAGAGAGAGAGAGCGGGAAAAGAAACGAAAAGAUAAUAAUAAAAAACAAAAUCAAAAACAAACGCAACUUGCUCUCGCUCAGUGAUUCUCGCCAUGGAUGCAGCUGGCGAUAGCAGCAAUGCUGCCACAGCUGGUGGCGCCACCGCAGACGAAACCAAAACGUUGCUGCAACAGCAAAACGCCAGCAUGGAAAACGACUACGACGACGGCAACGAUGCCGACGAGCCGCAGGCAUUGCCAUUCUGCUUUGUUCGGGGCUCCGAUCCACGUGCGGCUACCUGUCGCGGCAAAUUACAAAGUCGACGCUGCAAACUGAAUCAGGAAAUCAACAAGGAGCUGCGACUGCGCGCUGGCGCCGAAAAUUUAUACAAGGCCACGACCAACCGGAAGCUGCGAGACACCGUCGCUCUGGAGCUGAGCUUUGUCAAUUCAAAUUUGCAGUUGCUCAAGGAGCAGCUGGCCGAGCUGAACUCAUCUGUGGAGAUCUAUCAAAGCGAGAGUCAUGAAGGUAUUAUGCCCAUGAUACCGUUGGGUCUCAAGGAGACAAAGGAGAUCAAUUUUAUGGAGCCAUUUUCGGACUUUAUAUUGGAGCACUACAGUGAAGAGCCGUCAAUAUAUAUGGAUGCCAUAGCUGAUAUGACAGACACCAGACAGGCAUCAAAGACACCCUCACGUGAUGGCCUGGGUGUUGCGCUGCUCUUCCGUUACUACAAUCUAUUGUAUUAUGUGGAACGUCGCUUCUUUCCGCCCGAUCGCAAUCUGGGCGUUUACUUCGAGUGGUACGACUCGCUCACUGGUGUGCCCUCCUGCCAGCGCACCAUUGCCUUCGAGAAGGCCUGCACGCUGUUCAAUCUGGGCGCCAUUUACACACAGAUCGGUGCACGUCACGACAGGCGCACCGAACGCGGCCUGGACGCAGCCGUUGAUAGUUUUUUGCGUGCGGCGGGCGUCUUUCGGCACAUCUACGAUACGUUCACCAAUGCACCGUCGAUGGACCUGAAGCCGCAGGUGCUCGAUGUGCUUGUCUCACUCAUGUUGUCCCAGGCACGCGAAUGCCUGUUCGAGAAGCUGCAGCUACAGAUUGAGGCCCUGGGCCUAACGGAGUCCAGUCAUCUCUUUCGGGACUUGGCCGGCGAGGCGGCACAGCUGUCGCUGGAGUACAAUGAAAUGCAUAAGAAUAUCCAAGUGAAUGACACCCACACCUAUUUGCCCGAGUGCUGGGCGGGUCUGGUGCCGCUCAAGGCCGAAUUGUACAAAGCUUUGGCACAUCAUUACGAGGCGCGGAGCAUUGAUACCACUGUGGGCGACGCCGACAACGUCUCGUUGGGCACCAAAAAGAGUCAGGCGGCAUCGUCGAACGAAUCGUUCAUUGGGAAUGCGCGGGAGGCACUGCGUGCCACCGAGGCGAACAGCGUAUGCGAGGAGGAGACCGUCAGCGUAGCUGCCAUCAAGCGCACCCACUUGAAAGAAGCUCUGGCUAGUCACGAGGAGGCGCAGCGGUUGCAGCGCAUGUGCCGCUACCUGAAGAACAAAACAUCACUGACGCAGGUCAUCAAGGAGGCGUACUACAAGACCCAGGACGAGUAUGAACGAUUCUGCCUUCAGGCUCCGGUCAAGAACAUAGAUGAGUGCUACGAUUUAACUGAGCGAGUUGUGGAAGCCUCCUCAAAGUUCACGCUGACGUUGACGGGUCCGGACUUUACAUCGUACAAAGUGGAAGAUCCGUUCAAGCGACUCGGCCCCAUUGCAAUAUUCUCCGCACGUCGCCACUGGACAGCGCCGCGCUGUGUUCGCCUACAGAAGGGCUCGGCCAUAUAUCAUGAUGCGAGCAGCUAUCAUUGCCACUGUCCCAGGGGCGACGAGAGUCACGAGGCCGGCUGCAGCCUGUACAAGGAGGAGCUAGAGAAUUUCGGAUUUCAUGUGCGUGGCGAUGCGCCCGUCAUAAUAGCACAUGUCGAGAUCAAUUCAUUGGCCGAUUUGGGCGGCAUCAAGGAGGGGGACUUUAUUGUGGAAAUUGCGGGCAUGGAUGUCAAAUGGUAUUCGCAUCAGCAGGUCGUACGGCUCAUACAAUCCUGUGGCGCUACACUGGAACUUAAGGUCAUUACGCCCAUGGAUCGCAAUUAUCUAAAGCCACUCUCGUCAAAGGGCUCCAUAUCAACGUUAUCGGCCGCCAGCUCAUCGGGCGUUUCGUCCGGCUCAUCUAGCCCCACCAGCACCACCACAAAGCCCAAGCUGCGGCUCAAGAACUCGGCCAAGACGCGCUUUGUGGGCAGCGUGUCGUCCAGUUCGUGGAAUCCCUUUCGACGUACGCCGAGUCUAGCGAAGAUAUUUUAAGUGCUCUUUGACAGUUAGCACUAGGGAUUGAUUAGUUUAAGUUAUGCUUUAAUUUCCGCAGCAGUGGCCAUUAUUUUGCUUGAAUGCAAAUUGGAUUUUUUUUCACACACACACACAUACUCACGUAUAUAUCUGUAUAUAUGUAUAUGUCUAUAUACAUAUAUGUACUUAUAUGUGUUAAGCCAAGUCUUUAUUAAACCCGCAUAUGCUUUGCUUUGGAUGCUUGCUAAGCCCAACACAUAAUUCCAUUUAUUUUCCGACAACAUGGAAAAUAUCUGUGAGAAUGUGAAUGAAUCAGGCAUUGAUAACGGUACUCGAUAUGUUUGAUCAUAGUAUAUAAAUGCAAUAGUCCAUACUGAAUCGAAUUCGCAUUCAGUACGUAACAUUUUGUGCAAAAUGGUGUAUAACACUUGAAUUAGACAGAGAUAGAGCUAGAGAUGGAGAGAAAGGGAGAGAAUGUGCCGCAUAACCCAAAAAAAAAAAAAAAGAAAACAAAAAACAAAAAGUAAAAAGAAAAUUCUAAUUAUUUACGUCUUUGUUUAUCACGAUAUGACCAUAUAUGUCACAUGCAUAGAUAUAUACCCAUAUAUAUGCUUAUUAUAUCUAAUAUUCUUUCGAGCUUCAAACUGAAAUUGAUUUAUAUUGAAAUUGAGUCGACAUCGAGCUACUUUUACGCACAUUUCCAAUGUAUAUAUGUAUAUUUAUAUUAAGUCACAAUUAUUUUGUAUACAUUUUGUAAAAGCCAUUUUAUACAACCAAUACAGAGAUACACACACACACACACACACACACACACAAAUACAUACAUAUUAAAUAAGCAAGUA